CUAAUCUCUAUGCAUUUCGCGGCAGCGGCGGAAGAAGAUUGUGAAGGUGAUGACGACAAUCCGGCUGCACCCCCACCCACAGCCCCUCCUGCUCCCCGUCUCCGCCCUCAAACCCACCGCCAGGAAGCCCCAAGUCCUCCUUUCUCCUCCCCCUUCGCCGCCUCCCCUCACGGACUCCGGCCUCCUGUUCCGGGAGAAGCUCUCCUACCUGUCCAGCCUCAACGUCGACCCCCACAAGGCCCUCCGGGAAAACCCAGACUUCCGGUCAUGCCCCCUCUCCGCUCUCCACUCCGUCGAGGACUGCCUGUCCUCCUUCGGCCUCCCCCGCUCUUCCCUCGGCCGCAUCCUCGACAUGUACCCUCAGCUCCUCACGGCCGAGCCCUACGCUGACCUCUACCCUGUUUUUGACUUCCUGCUCAACGAGGUCCGUAUACCGUUCCACGAUAUCAAGAAAUCGAUCACCAGGUGCCCAAGAAUCUUGAUCUGCAGCGUCCCGGACCAGCUCCGGCCGACGCACUCCUUCCUCCGGAGCUUCGGUUUCGUGGGCCCUCAUGCCAUCGCGUGCCAGACCACUGUGCUGCUUGUUUCGAGUGUGAAGUUCACUCUUUUGCCUAAGAUAGAGUACUUGCAAAGUCUCGGGUUUGAAUAUCGGGACGUCGUGAACAUGGUCAUCAGGUCCCCCGGCCUGUUGACGUUUAGCAUUGAGAAUAACUAUAAGCCCAAGGUGGACUACUUUUUGGGUGAAAUGAAAGGGGAUUUGGCGGAGCUCAAGAGGUUCCCACAGUUUUUCUCGUUUAGUUUGGAGGGGAAGAUUAAGCCCCGACAUAGGCAGUUGGUCAGGCAUGGAUUCCGGCUCUCUUUGCCUGAAAUGUUGAGGGUUAGUGAUGGUGAGUUCAAUGAGAGGUUGAUCGAGAUGCAGUUAAAGAUGGUUGAUAAUGGUAGAUGAUUCCCGUGAGUUCAAUACUAAUGUUGUACAUUUUUUUGCUUCUGUGUAGAUACAGUGUAUUAUAUCAAGAAGUGUGAUUAUUGAUGUUGUAAAGCAGAUAUAGAGUUCUCUCCCUGUCUA